AAUCAUUGGCUUGCUGCACAUGAAAUCGGUCAAUCAGGUUAUGUGAUAAAAUUAAUGCAAGUUUGGAUGUUUUCUUUUUAUUGGGUCUGAAGUGGCAAAGAUCAAUCUCGAAUGAAUCUGGUCAUGAAUAAACAAGUCAAUCAAAUCCAUCUUGGUGAUUGAGUUUGUGAAUCAAGAUUAUACACAAACUGCAGAAAAAAUAGUCAUAUCUCUUAGUUGUGUUAAUAUUCAGUGUGGGUUUGGUCUAACAAUUUCAUACUUGGAGCAAAUAGGAUAAGCUAUAUAUUCUUUUGCUAGACCAUUACAUCUUAUCUGCCAUGUGAAUUGAUGUCUUUAAUAUCUGCUACCUGAAUUGAAGCUGUAGUUACCUUUGCUACUUGUUAGUAGGAGUACUAAAAACAAAGCUAUAAUGUACUGCUACAAGGGGUUCUUCAGUGCUUUCGCAGCUUGAUAAUGGAAUAUGGUAUUGAACAAUCUAUGGAGCAGUGAGCACUAUAUGUACAUAACUGAAUUUUUAUGUAAAGCUGGUCAUCUUAGUACAAUUGUACUGCUAGCUAUAAGGGGUUCUUCAAGAAGAUCACUGUGUUCAUAGUGCCAAUUCUUCAAUGGAGUUGGUAUCUGAGGAAUCACUUAACCUAACGCCUCAUAAUUCUGAUCACUGUGUUCUAAUGGCAAAUAUGCUCACUUGUUUAGGAAGUGGAAGAAGGCAACAGAUUUAUAGGAGGUUCAUAACAAAGCAAGGGUUAGUGAAGGAACCUGGAUGGAGUUGUAUUGAGCUGAGUGGCCAACUAAGCUAGAUGUACAGUCACUUUUUUGGUGCAACAAAAUGUGACCUCAAAUAAGGAAAGAAAUUUCUUGUUUGAAGCUUUAUACCAAGAGUUAUAUGAUACUUUUGUAUUGCCUAACUCCCAGCUUUGCUGUAUUUUAAAUUGUUAAGGCAUGUCCUUUUUGCAGCACUACAAGAUUGAAUUUGUGAACCUCUGAAUGUGCAUGAGAGAUGAGAAUGAAACACGUGCUAAUUAAAUUAGUUAAUUAAAUUAUGAUGCUCAUUCUAGGAAGCUGAUUCUUGGUGGUCUUUUGCAAAUGUGUUGGUUUCUUUCCAAUAGUUUUUUACGGUGAGAAGGAUUUCAGAAUAACUGAACAAGGAAACCCCACCUGAACUGCAAGAAUCAACAUCAAUGUUCUAUCAGCUGAGUUGACUUGUGAUUGAUUAAGAAUGAAAUGUUUGAUCUAGUUUCCAGUGUAAGUAUACCAGCCUAGACCAACCUGGUUUCUUCAGCCGAUUGAGAAAGAAAUGUGUUGGUUUCUUUCCAAUAGUUUGUUAUGGUGAGAAGGAUUCCGGAAGAACUAAACAAGCUGCUGAAAUAUAACUUUUGUUUGAGCAAUUGAUUCUUUACAUGAAAUUUGCAGACAGGUAAGCACUGUUUCACCGUAUUCUUUUUGUCAUCAUUUUGUAGUUCUUUUAGACAAAUAGGAUUAACAAAUGUUUGGCCAUGCUCAAAGCUGAUGAUUCACAUGUUCUGGGCAGUAAUGCCGCUCAUGUUGUUUCUUUAUUUACUGGAUCUUAUAACCCUGACUCCACAUUCAAAAGGCUAGAGUCCUCAAUCAAUGAGCAUUGGCAAUGGACUAUCGACGAAUGAAAAUAUUGAUCUUGGCCAAAUAUAUUUAAGUAAAUCAAUGCUUAAUUUUCUAAUGUACUGUUUGAAACAUGCUAAUAACUUUUCCAGCUGAUGCAUGCAUUCAGUUUCAGGAGGCUAUAAAGAAGAUGCCCGGCAUGUCAAAAAAUAAGAGUGUGCUUCCAAUCAGUAACUGGCCAAGAAUUCACGCUUAAGCAGUUCAGGAACUAGGAACGAAAGAUGGAGGAGAAGCCUGAUGGCAUCAUGACAACUGGUGUUGUUGCAACUAUGCUGAAAUUUCUACGCAAAUGUAUCAUAGCAGUCCAUUCAUAUGGCCCAAUGCCUGAGCACAUUGCGUUUAUUAUGGACGGUAACCGUAGAUAUGCUAAAUUCAGGACUAUCAAGAAAGGCACUGGUCACAGGAUGGGGUUCUCCGCUCUAACUGCAAGUCUUCUCUACUGCUAUGAAAUGGGUGUGAAGUAUAUUACUGUUUAUGCAUUUAGUAUCGACAAUUUUAAGCGAGACCCAAGUGAGGUUCAGUCUUUGAUGGAGUUAAUGGAGGAAAAGAUCAAUGAGCUAUUGGAAAACAGAGGUGUCAUCAACAAGGUGAACUGUAAGAUCAACUUCUGGGGGGACUUGGACCUGUUAAGCGAACCCGUAAAGUUAGCAGCUCAGAAGCUGAUGGCAAGCACCGCUCAAAACACAGGAUUAGUGUUCUCUGUUUGCAUGCCAUACAACUCAACUUCUGAGAUUGUGAAUGCUGUUAACAAGCUUUGUGCAGAACGAAGGAAUAUUGCACAAAGAGAGUACUCAGGCAACUGUAAUGGCCAAGAUGCAAAUAAUGGUGUACAUCCAGAUGUUUCAGUGGCCGAUUUGGAUCGGCAUAUGUAUAGCGAUGGAUGCCCAGAUCCUGACAUCGUGAUCCGCACUUCAGGUGAGGCUCGACUGAGCAAUUUCCUUCUGUGGCAGACGACGUUUAGCCAUUUGCAGAGCCCAGCCCCUCUGUGGCCUGAGUUCUCUCUGAGGCACCUUCUAUGGGCUAUAUUACAGUACCAGAGAGUGUAUCCUUAUAUAGAGCAAAACAGAAAGCUGGAGAAGAAGCAGUUGUGAUCUCAUAUCUUUUCAAAGAGAUACACAGAUUACCAAGAUGGUAGCAGCAUCUACCUAAGGCCGCUGAACACGCCGGACAAAAGACAAAGAUAGAAACCCGCCAAAAUGGAUGUAGCAUGUAGUUGAACAUGCCACAACACCCUACCUGGCAACAGUGGCAUACGAGAUUACUAGCCACUGAAGGAGGACGCUGCUGGCAUCGGUGAAGCUGCACGCAUUGAACAUGACCGUUCCCGACUAUGUCCUGUGCUUUGCUCCUGGAGCUGUUGUACCACUUCCAUGGUGGUCCAUGCUUCAGGGCAACUACUUCCAGGAGCCUGGGCAACGCAGAGGAUGGUGCCCUGAGUCGGUGAUCAGCAACAGCCAGAUGCAAAACCACAAGAGCCUGGUCCUUCAUGCGCAUGCAGUCCAUCAACCUUUUGGCAUACACACACCAAGCUCUGUUCGAACUUUGAACUGGUUUAACGAUGAUUUCAUGCUAGAUGAAUGCGUCAGUCGAAUGGAAUAUUAUUGUUUAUGUACCAUGAAAAUCAUCAUGUAUACUCCAAACAAACCCCUGCAUCUGUAUGGCAGUAAACCUCUAUCUCAACAAGAUACACAAGAGAGAAAGAAAAAAGAAAUGGUGUGUCCGUCCA